UUCGGUAAAAAUCAAACAAUUAAUCAUGCUCAAACAACCCCAAUUACCCUCCACACAAUCUGUUCUUUCAUUCAUCAGAAAUGAGUUGCAGAACCACCAUCAACGUACUCACAACAAACAUACCUUCCACUUCAAUUGCUACUGUCACCCACUCAUCUCUUCGUCUCCCCAAUUCACUCCUCUCAAGAACAACAAGAUGCUCAAUUACAAACCCUAUCUUGGUUAACCAUUUCUUCAGGCGUUUAGAUGCAAAAAAACCCCAAUGGGGGGCUGGUGGUUCCUAUAAGAAAGUACAACGUGGGUUGUUUAGAGUGUAUUCGGGUUUCUUAGAACUCCCACUUCUUCCUUUUCCUUCUGAUCAGGUUCUUGUUCCAUCUGAAGCCAAGACACUUCAUUUGUUUGAAGCAAGAUACUUGAAGUUAUUGGAUGAGUGUUUAUUAAGAAAGAAGAAACUAUUUGUGCAUUUUGUGUUGGAUCCAAUCGCUGUGAGUUCCACAUCUAAAGAAGCGUCGUUUGCUGCUAGAUACGCUUGUUUGGUUGUUAUAGAAAAGGUUGAACAAUUAGAUGUCGGGGCCUUAGUCUCUAUUAGAGGAAUUGGUCGUGUCACAUUAGUGAAAUUUGCAAAGGCAGAUCCUUUCUUAGAAGGCAUAGUAUUACCGUUACAGGAUAACGUUCCGCAGAACGAAAGUGAAGUAAGCUCCAAAGUUCUUGAACUAAAAGAAGCUCUUGAGGGAUUAAAUAGCUUGGAAAUAAAACUAAAGGCUGCUAAAGACGAACCCUUGCGGACCCAAACGGCAAAUUCUCUAGAUUGGGCUACAAAAGAACUGUCUUUAGAUUGUGAAGAAGCUUUCAUUCCUUCUCUUGCUGAGCGCGUGUCCUUCGCGGCACUUCAAAAUGUUUCAGGAUCAACACAUUCGGAAAUGUUAAAGUUACAGAACGAAAAACUGAAAGCAAUGGAUGUUAAAGAAACAUUACGACGGCUCGAAACUUCUUUGAGUUUUGUCAAGAACAAUGUCUCCAUGACUGCAGCCAAGCUUGCCAUUCAAUCCUUGAACAUGCAAUAGAUAUAUCAUAAUUUAUUGGAAGUGCGUGCGGGGUGUGUACGAUGGUGGUUAGGGAUGGUGUUGGUUGUUUAGCUGGUGGUCAACGCCUCAACGGUGGUGGAGAUGGUGAUGUUUUCAGGUUUAUUUAAAAAACAAAUAAAUAAUAAUAAAAGGGGAUGGAAAAAGACCAAAAUACCCUCAGCUGAGUUGCA